GACAAAAAAAGGUAAGAAGACAAUAGUUAAUCGAUUGAUUGUUACUGUUAUUCGGUUAAAGUAUCAAGAGAUGGGCCUAAAUCGUGAGCCUGUAGACCCAAUUUUGUAAAAGAAUUUGGGCUCAACAAUUAAAACAAUCAGAAACAUCUGGGUUGUUACAUUCGAAGAAAAAGAGAACGAAAGCGGCGGCUCAACGACGGCGGGAAUCGUUUGCCGGAGCUGACUCAGUAGAACAAUCGAAUUCGAUCGGUGUGGAAGAUGGAGUUCUGUCCGACGUGUGGGAACUUGCUGCGUUACGGUAGUUCGAGAUUCUUCUGCUCGACAUGUCCUUACAUCGCCUGCAUCGAGAGACAGGUGGAGAUAAAGAAGAAGCAGUUGCUGGUUAAGAAAUCCAUAGAAGCUGUUGUGACGAAAGAGGAUAUACCUACAGGACCUGAAACCGAAGCUCCAUGCCCGAGAUGCGGCCACGACAAGGCAUACUUCAAAUCAAUGCAGAUUCGUUCAGCGGAUGAGCCAGAAUCGAGAUUCUAUAGAUGCCUGAAAUGCGAGCUAACUUGGCGCGAGGAAUGAUGAUCCAUCACUGAUGCAGUCACAAGAAACUUAUUGUAUUUGAACAUUUAGUCUAUGAGUUUUUGUUCUUACCAUUGGCAAUGUCGCAAUUUUCGGUAACUGUCACUGUUGUCUGCCUGUGUUUUGCUUCAACUGGCAACUUUGGAUGUUUCUCAGCUCUGUAAUUCAAGCAAUUUUGAUUUUCUAGAAUGUUGAAUAUUUCGUUUGUGAAGCUGAUGCAGCUUGUUGGGACAAAAGAUGUAAGAAAGUCCGAGACUUUCAUCUCUUUGAGACUUGAUUUUCGAAAAACGACGGCGUGUGUGCGUUGUCUUUGACUUUGACCAGCUGUUAAAAACUUCCCUGGUCUUCUUCCUCCUCUGUCCACUAAACCUCCAGAUUUCAUUUCUCUCAUUUCCUCACACCUCAGCGGGAGAAACAAAAUGUCUGGCUUCUCGAGAAACAAGCAGAGGAAGAAGGCUGAUCUAGCCACAGUCCUCCGCAAGUCGUGGUACCAUUUGCGGCUGUCGGUGCGCCAUCCCACCAGGGUCCCCACUUGGGAUGCGAUCCUUCUCACUGCGGCCAGUCCUGAACAGGCGGAGCUCUACGAGUGGCAGCUCCGGCGAGCGAAGCGGAUUGGGCGGAUUGCUGGCUCCACCGUCACUUUGGCCGUUCCUGAUCCAGAUGGCAAGCGGAUCGGCUCCGGCGCUGCCACUCUUAACGCCAUCUAUGCUCUCGCUCGGCAUUAUGAGAAAUUAGGUUUCGAUCCUGGCCCCGAGGUGGAAGCUGCAAAUGGUAGGUGUGCGCAGUCCUCUGUACCAGACAUUUGUCCUGAGAAUAGGAAACACUCUUCAAAGGCUUGGGUUAGAUUCCUCUCUGAAAAGCACGUACUGAUGCUUCAUGCUGGAGGCGACUCCAAAAGAGUUCCCUGGGCUAAUCCUAUGGGGAAAGUAUUCCUCCCGCUUCCUUAUCUCGCAGCUGAUGAUCCUGAUGGCCCUGUUCCUCUCCUUUUUGAUCAUAUACUUGCAAUCGCUUCAUGUGCAAGACAGGCUUUCAGAGAUGAAGGUGGAUUAUUCAUUAUGACUGGAGAUGUGCUUCCAUGUUUUGAUGCAUCUAACAUGACUCUCCCUGAAGAUGCGGCCUCCAUUGUUACUGUGCCUAUCACUCUUGAUAUUGCUUCCAACCAUGGUGUUAUUGUCACAUCCAAAUCUGAGUCCCUUGCUGAAGGCUAUACCGUCAGUUUAGUAAAUGAUCUUCUGCAGAAGCCUACAGUAGAGGAGCUUGUCAAGAAAGAUGCCAUCUUACAUGAUGGACGGACGCUCCUUGACACUGGGAUCAUUUCUGCGAGGGGCAGAGCAUGGUUGGACCUGGUCGCUCUUGGAUGCGCGUGCCAACCAAUGAUCUCAGAGCUUAUAAGCCGGAAAAAGGAGAUGAGUUUGUAUGAAGAUUUGGUGGCUGCUUGGGUUCCCUCAAGGCAUGAUUGGCUGCGAACCCGACCUUUGGGUGAACUUCUCGUCAACAGUCUAGGGAGGCAAAAGAUGUACAGCUACUGCACCUAUGAUUUGCAGUUUUUGCAUUUUGGAACAUCAAGUGAGGUAUUGGACCACUUAAGCGGAGAUGCUUCAGGAAUUGUAGGUCGAAGACACUUAUGUUCCAUCCCUGCAACUACGGUUUCUGAUAUUGCAGCGUCUUGUGUUAUUUUGUCUAGUGAAAUUGCAGCUGGUGUCUCCAUUGGUGAAGAUUCACUUAUAUAUGAUUCAACAGUUUCUGGUGCUGUACAAAUUGGCUCUCAGUCGAUAGUUGUUGGUAUUCACAUCCCAAGUGAAGGUCUUGGAUAUCCAGAGAGUUUCAGGUUCAUGCUUCCGGAUAGGCAUUGUCUUUGGGAGGUCCCAUUGGUGGGACGCAAGGAAAAAGUGAUUGUGUAUUGUGGUCUCCAUGACAAUCCAAAGAACUCAAUUCACAAAGAUGGAACUUUUUGCGGUAAACCCUUAGAGAAGGUUCUGUAUGAUCUUGGCAUUGAGGAAAGUGACCUCUGGAACUCGGAUGCUGCACAAGACAGAUGUAUGUGGAAAGCAAAACUGUUCCCGAUUCUCACUUAUAGUGAAAUGCUGAAGACAGCGUCAUGGUUGAUGGGAUUAGAUGAUAGUAGAAACAAGGAGAAGAUGACCCUGUGGAGAAGCUCACAACGUGUAAGCUUAGAAGAGUUGCACGGGUCGAUAAACUUUCCUGAGAUGUGCAAUGGUUCCAGCAACCAUCAAGCUGAUCUUGCGGCUGGAAUCGCUAAAGCAUGCAUGAACUAUGGUAUGCUUGGGCGAAAUUUGUCUCAGCUAUGCCAUGAGAUUUUGCAGAAAGAGUCAUUAGGAUUGGAAAUAUGCAAGAAGUUUCUGGAUCAGUGUCCCAAAUUUCAGGAGCAAAACUCCAAAAUUCUUCCAAAGAGUCGAGCAUAUCAGGUAGAAGUUGAUCUUCUACGAGCAUGUGGGGAUGAGGCAAAAACUAUAGACUUGGAGCACAAAAUCUGGGCUGCAGUUGCAGACGAAACUGCUUCAGCUGUGAGAUAUGGUUUCAAAGAACAUCUCUUGGAAUCAAGCGGCAAGCCCCGUCCCGAGAAUCAUAUUUCUCAUGUGGAUCGAUUUUUCCAACCAAGAAGUACAAAAGUUGAACUACCAGUUCGGGUAGACUUUGUAGGAGGUUGGAGUGAUACACCUCCAUGGAGUUUAGAGCGUGCAGGCUGCGUCCUCAACAUGGCAAUAACCUUAGAAGGUUCACUUCCCAUUGGCACAAUCGUGGAGACAACAAAUGAGAAGAGUGGAAUCUCAAUCCAAGACGACGCUGGAAACGAGCUACACAUCGAAGAUCCAAUGAGCAUCAAGACACCAUUUGAAAUCAAUGAUCCAUUCAGGCUGGUCAAAUCUGCUCUACUGGUAACGGGCAUUGUCCAAGAAAACUUUGUCCAGUCCACAGGAUUAGCGAUAAAGACAUGGGCCAAUGUUCCUCGUGGUAGCGGUCUAGGAACCUCAAGCAUUCUAGCUGCAGCUGUUGUGAAAGGACUGCUUCAGAUAUCCAAUGGAGAUGAAAGCAAUGAAAACGUCGCGAGGCUCGUCUUGGUUCUGGAGCAACUCAUGGGUACUGGAGGUGGCUGGCAAGAUCAGAUCGGUGGAUUAUACCCAGGAAUCAAAUUCACUUCAAGUUUUCCAGGAAUCCCUCUGCGUCUUCAAGUUGUUCCUUUGCUCGCCUCGCCACAGCUAGUCUCGGAGUUGCAGCAACGCCUCCUCGUUGUUUUCACGGGUCAAGUCAGGCUUGCUCACCAAGUCCUACACAAGGUUGUAACAAGGUAUCUGCAAAGAGACAAUCUCUUGGUUUCAAGCAUUAAGCGUUUGACGGAGCUGGCGAAAUCCGGGAGAGAAGCGUUGAUGAACUGUGAAGUUGAUGAGCUCGGCGAGAUAAUGUCAGAAGCUUGGAGAUUACAUCAAGAGCUUGACCCAUAUUGCAGCAAUGAGUUUGUGGACAAGCUUUUCAUGUUUUCGCAACCUUUUUGCUCAGGUUUCAAGCUUGUAGGUGCAGGUGGUGGAGGAUUCUCUCUUAUAUUGGCUAAAGACACAGAGAAGGCGAAAGAGUUGAGACAGAGAUUGGAGGAACAUCCAGAGUUUGAUGUCAAAGUUUAUAACUGGAGCAUCUGUCUCUAACAGUGGUUGUCAUCUUUGCGUGGUUUUUAAUUUUUAAAGCGUUGUCGUUGAUUUUUAAUUAUUAUUUUUGUUGAUACUUUGGAAAGAAUAAAAAAAAAGUAUAAAUAAUUUAGAAAUGAAAUCGAAUUUUGAGGAUCUAAA